UCCCGUGCGGCGAGAUGAUCCCCACCCUGCAGGACGUCGCCUACCUCUUAGGCCUUCCUUGCGCGGGAGCUGCGGUUGGGGUCAUCGAUAUGCAGGCUGACUGGAUGAACGACAUGCAUCAGCGCUUUGGCCCGGUGAAGCGAAAGGCGGACGCACCCCCCUACGUGCCUGAGUUCUUAUCCGAUGCACGAGGGCCAACGAAGAAGUGGAUCCUACAGUUCCAGCCGGCGUACAUACACCCACACGCCAACGCAUACACGGUCUCGAGGCAUUUGGAGGCCUUCCUGCUUUGGUUGUUUGGGUGGGUAAUGUUCACUAGUGGCUAAGGCCACCUGGUUACUAGGACGCUUG